AACUGUUUUUACUAUUUUACAGUAUAACUUGACACCAUUCUUACUCGUCGUCAGGAAGAACAAAGAAGAAAUGGUCAAAUUUUUGAUAGAGAACGGGGCAAAUGUACAUGCAGUCGACAAGCUGCAAAGAUCAGCACUGAUGCUUGCUGUACGUCAUGACUCACCGGACAUAGUCAAGCUGCUUCUUCAGAAAGGUGUUAAUGCCGAUUUGCUAGAUGUACACGGACACUCUGCUGAACAAUAUGCUUGUUCUAAUGGUUUCAAACACCUCUACCAACUGAUUGUCGACUACAGAGAUGGAAAGAUAUCAAAUACUCCCCCUCAAAAUAGCGACCUAGGACAGAGUUCUGCUAAGGAGAGUUUACCUUCUUCGCAUACUGGGGCAGAAAAUAUCCAAGAAAAGUUGCAAUUGUCCAGCAAGGACAACGAAGAAGAAAAGGUUGUCGAGUUGGGAACCAGCAAUGGCAGCUGCAUGGAUUCACUGAAGAAUGUUGAGCAGAAGAAGGUGUUAGUGAUUAAGGUUGCACCGAGGUUUGAAGACAUCUCUGUAAGCCGUAUUUCACCCAAACAUGAUAUUGAUGAUUCACGGCCUCCAUCAGAUGAUGACUUAGAUCUUGCUCCCAAGGAAGAAGCAACAAAGCCGAAAACUGGGGGAAAAGAGAAUGGCGCUCGGACUAUUAACAGUGUCCUAAAGGAGCAAGCAGGUCAUAGCAAAUUGAUUUCUGUUGAUGGAGCACACGAAAGUGACAGAGGUGAUGCAACUUCAGCAUUAGGAUUAGAAGAAAAGGAAGAUGUCGAAUCACCCUUGGAUUCUGAGAAUAUCUCUGCGAUUCAGCUACCGAACCGUGUUGAUCAUUUAUCUGGAGCUGCAGGUCUAGGAGAAAAAAAUACAUUGAAUGGACAAAUAGAAAGACGAAUUGAAGAGCAUGAUUCUACUGAAAAAUAUCCUCACUUGAAGCCUGCAGGUGGAGUGAAAGAUUCUGUUCCUAAGAAAACAGGAGAAAUGAAGAACUUUCAAACAUUCAAAUCAGGUUCUUCAGACUGGGUUGCUACUAGUUUGAGCCUCCAAAAUGAGGCUGGUCAAAGAGCCGAGCAUUUGAAAGUUGAUAAAUGUCCGUUGGUAUCACAAUCAGUGACCACAAACCAGUCAGCACCCACAAAACUGGGGCAGACGGCCCCGGUAGAUAAAGGCCGGAAGAAUAUUGGAGCCGUGUCUCUGUCAGAAAAUGCAGCGCUCCAUGGCCUGUGUGAGUCACAGCUGCCAGAGAACAGGAGCAGCAAAGAAGCAGACCUAGACUUACAAAGGGCAUCUGAGGAAGAGCAAGAAAGACUUGAUGGAAGUGAAAAUAACCGCUCACAGGAUAAAUGUGUUUUACAAGCAUAUACUGUGAAAGAAGAGAAAUCUGAAGAUCAAAUCAAGCAGAUUAAUCUUUCACUUGUGCAUCUGCAGAAAAUGCCUAGAGAAGCAGAAAUGAAUAAGGAACAUGACAGAAAGGACAUACCUGUGUCUUCAAAACAUUCUAAUGUGGAGAAGCAUGAGGACAUGUGGGUGAAACAAGGCAAAUUCGACUGGAAAAAUAAGUCACAACUUAUCACAAAGAAGUUAAAGCAGAAAAUUGGUAAAAUCCAUGAAAAAGGCAAAAUUACUUUCCGUCAUAAGGAAGUGCCACUACAUGACAACUCUGAACUACAUGGUGACUUAAAGGAACUACCUUCCAACGUCACAGAUAAUCUAUUUGAUUUUGAGAAAGUAGAUGCACCUGGAGCCUCUGUCUCUGUAGGAUUCCAGGCAGUCUCUGAACACAAAGAGCCCAGUCUUGAAAAUGUUCUUCCAUCUCAUUCCAAGUCUGAGUCAAGAAAGUAUGGUUGCCAGUCAUCUUCAAAACUUGAUUUAAAUGAAAAUAAGUUGGCUGAAAAUGGUAAGCCAGACACUGAAGACGUUUUUAACAAAACUGAGGAGCGUUUUUGUAAUGACAGAGAAAAUGAAGUAAGGAACCGGGUUCCAUUUAAAGUGAAAGAAGACCAAGAAUUUGCUACAAAAAGAAAACCAAAAAGGAACCAAAAUACUCACUGGAAAUCAGACACUGGACAUGCACCUCAGGUUGAAGUAGAAGAGAACAGGAAGAAAAGUGAACUGAAAGGAUCAGAAACCAUGUGUGGUGGCAGUUAUCAUGAAGGAUUAACUCGGCAGAGGAAGAGGGGAAAAACUGCUGACCAGCAGUUUCCUGCUCUGCAGAAAGGAGAUCCUGAUAGUAGCUGUCCUGGCUUGCGUAUGAAGGAAGUAAAGAAGAAUGAAAGUGGAAAACGGACAUCAAAAGCAUCUGUGACGUCACAUGUAUUUGAGAAGACUGCCUCACUGGCUGGUGGUCUCCUACACAUGAAUGAGAAUAGCAGUUUAAGUGAAGGAGAUCAAGGUUGUGGCAGGUCUUCAAAGAAAAUGUCUACUAAAAAGGACAAGGUCAGAGAGCAGAUUAAUUCUGUGGAUGACCUCGAUGACUUAACUCUGUCACCGGAAACAGCUUCUGAGGAUCACAAGUCGCUUUACCCUAAUUGUAAGAGUACCCUGAGGCUAAUCAAACAACUUGGCCCGGAGAGUAAAGAUUCUGAUAGGUUAUUGAAAAUUCAGGAUCCAGUUCAUUCGUUGAGAUCAAUAGAACUGAAAGAAUCUGACUGUGCACUACUUAGAGGAAAAAUCAAAGAAAUGGAAAAUAAGGUGAACUGGCUACAAACAGAACUGUUGAAAACAAGAGAAGGAAAAUCACAGUUAAAACUUCAAAAUGUGGAGUGGGAACGAGAGCUCUGCAGCAUGAGGUAAGCAUAUUUCACUGCAGAUUCAAAUUAGAACAAGAAGCAAAGAAGAAGAAAAAUGCUUAUAUGUUAUAUGAAAAAACUAAGGAUGACUUA